AUGUCCGACUCGGACGACUUUCGAGAGACGGAUGCCGACCAGUAUGAGCGCUUUCCACCGUAUAGAAAGGCCAUCAUCGUCGCCAUCCUCUCAUUCUGUGCAGCCCUCUCUCCCAUGUCGUCGACAUCAGUCCUGCCUGCUGUCCCGGAAGUGGCUGCAACGUACAACACCACCGGCAGUGUGAUCAACGCCAGCAACGCCGUCUAUCUCGUAUUCAUGGGGCUCGCAGGACCGUUCUGGGGACCAUUGAGUCAGAUCUGGGGGCGCCGUCCGAUCUGUCUUGUGACUGCUUUCCUCUUCUUCGCAUUCAGUGUUGGGACUGCACUGGCUCCGAAUCUCCCUGCAUUCUAUGUCUUCCGUCUUUUGACAGCCUUCCAGGGGACUUCAUUCCUGGUCGUGGGCAGUUCUGCAGUUGGCGACGUAUAUGAGCCUCGAGCCCGUGCAACAGCCCUGGGCUGGUUUCUGUCUGGCAACAUGAUCGGACCGGCUUUUGGCCCUUUUAUCGGAGGGGUUAUAGCGACGUUCAGCUCCUGGCGUGCCAUUUUCUGGCUCCAGUCCGCCAUGGGGGGAUUUGGUACUUUAAUGGUCUUCUUCUUCCUACCAGAGACAUAUCCACACCCAUCCAAAGGAGACCUUGUCGGACAGACCCCAGCAGAGAAAGCGAAGUUACUUUGGCACAAAGUAAACCCAUUUCGUGUUGCUGGGCUUUUACUCUCGUAUCCAAACUUGCUUUUCGCCGCCCUAGCUACCAGCGCUCUCGUUUGGAAUCAGUAUUCUCUGUUAACGCCCAUCCGGUACGUGCUUAACCCGCGGUUCAACCUGACAACGCCUCUAGAGUCUGGGCUGUUGUAUAUCGCCCCAGGUGGGGGGUAUCUCAUAGGUACUCUGCUCGGAGGCCGCUGGGCAGACUACAUAGUGAGAAGCUGGAUCCAUAAACGCGGCGAACGCGUCCCAGAAGACAGACUCAAGUCGUGUUUGCCGUUCAUGCUGGUUAUCCUUCCGGCAUGCAUGCUUGUCUACGGGUGGACGGUGCAACAACGGUCCGGCGGCAUGGCUGUUCCAAUAGUGGUCAUGGUUCUGCAGGGAAUUGCGCAGCUUUUCGCUAUACCUAGUUUGAAUACGUAUUGUCUCGACGUGAUGCAGCCGAAGGGGCGCAGUGCUGAGGCUGUCGCUGGUAACUACAUGCUCCGGUAUGCCUUUGCAGCCGUUGGAUCUGGGGCUGUUCUCCCUGCUGUUGAAGCUAUAGGGGUUGGUUGGUUCAGUACGAUCAGUGCAGGCUUCCUCUUUGCCUCUGGGCUUGGUGUCUGGGCGACCUCAACAUUUGGGACAAAGUGGCGUGAACGUGUUGAUUCAUCCGACUAG